GCAGUAAUGUGAUUUUGCAGACCCUUCUAAAAACCAAACCACAAACCGGAAAAAGUAGAAGAAGAAAAGGCGUGACUUUAAUCGCGUGAUGUGAUGAAAUAUCAGCUUAUUUGUUUCUGUCGAGGCGGAAAGAGUAAUCUAAGAGUGCCACACUCAGUCUGAAACAUGGACAGUCGGAUCGGUUUCAUCGUAUUGUUCUGCUUGAUCGGUCUCACCUGUGCGGAACCUGUCAAAUUUCUCGACUGUGGUUCUACCUCUGGUAAAGUGAUAGGGGUUGAUAUUAACCCGUGUCCCACUCAGCCAUGCCAGCUCCACAAAGGAGAUGCCUACAGUGUCAAUGUGACAUUCAGCAGUGGUGUGGAAACCAGCAAGAGCACAGCUGUAGUUCACGGCAUUGUUGCUGGCGUCCCUCUUCCUUUCCCCAUUCCUGAGGACGAUGGGUGCAAGUGUGGAAUCCAGUGUCCAAUCCAGAAGGACAACACUUAUCAUUAUCUGAAUACACUAUCAGUGAAGGCCGAGUAUCCUGCAAUAAAGGUGGUAGUGGAGUGGGAACUGAGAGACGCGAGCAGCAGUGACCUCUUCUGCAUCAAAUUCCCCGUUCAGAUUGUUUCUUGAGCCAAAACAAAAGUUCCAGUUUUUCUUUUAAAAAGGGAUUCAAACUUUGAUUAAAAACAUCUGUUUUGCCAAUGAGUCUAGGAUCUGGUUUUAUUGAUCCAGCCAUGUUUUUACAGGGAUGGGUGAUGUCCAGACUCCUGACUGUAUAUCAUAUGAGGGCAGUUUUUUGUUGCUGCCUAAUGAUUGUUUCAUUUUUAAGUAGCGAUUGUGAAAAUGAGGUUAAUGAUUAUCUGAAUGCCUGUAACCCACAUUCCACUACAGUGUAAACGUCUUCCUGGCUGCUGUGUAGUCCGGGGUAAAACCAUUACGCUGUUAUUUUUUUUCUUGACGUUUUUCUAAUGUUUUGUGGAGAUCUUUUAUAGAAUCUGAUCCUGUAAGACAUGAAACUAAACUUCUAAUAAAACAGAUCAAACUUGUAUUCAA